UAUGUCAUAAUUUCCUUGCUGGCUCGGAGACGGAAGAGUGUAGACGAGAGUUAACAUAAGUUUUGUUGCUUUUAAUGAUCUGAUAUCUUCGGUCAAGUAGUUUAAACCAAUGGAAGUAAAUAAAUCCGACCUGUGCGAUAGUUUGAUAAUCUGGCUACAGACGUUUAAUGUUUCUUCAGCAUGUGGAAGUAUUCAGGAUUUAAUCAGUGGAACUACCAUGGCACAGGUUCUUAACCAAAUAGACCCAUCUUUUUUCAAUGAAUCAUGGUUGAGUCGCAUUAAAAGUGAUGUGGGUGAGAAUUCCAGAUUGAAGCUGAAUAAUCUAAAGAAGGUUCUUCAGAUGGUUCUCAAUUAUUAUCAUGAGGUACUCGCCCAACAGAUCGCAGAAUCUCUUCACCCAGAUUUGAGUCUGAUUGUAGAUCAUGUUGAUGUAGUGGAACUCGGCAGAUUGCUCCAACUGAUUUUGGGGUGUGCAGUAAACUGUGAGAGGAAGGAGGAGCACAUCCAGAUCAUAAUGACGCUGGAAGAGUCUGUGCAACAUAAUGUGAUGACCGCCAUUCAAGAACUCAUGAGUAAAGAACUGCCAGGAAUAUAUGGUGAAGCAUCUGGAGACUUGGAACAACGGCUGCAACAUGCCAUGGAAGACCUGAAUGAUGCUUUGGUGGAGAAGAAAGAGUUGGCACACCGGUGCCAGGAAUUGGAUGUUCAGGUUUCUGCUCUACAAGAAGAAAGAAACAGUUUGUUGGCUGAUAAUGGCCUUCUAACAGAGAAAAUACACCAGAUGGAUGCAUUUGAUGACCCACACCUUGCAAGCAAGUACUUUAAUGUUCAGCUACAGCUUGAACAAAUGCAAGAAGAGAACUAUAGGCUUGAAGCAGCAAAAGAUGACUAUCGUAUUCAUUGUGAAGAGCUUGAGAGACAACUGAUUGAAGUACAGCACAGAAAUGAUGAAUUAAACAGUUUGGCAGAGGAAAAUCUCGCACUUAAAGAUGAAAUUGAUGUUCUGAGGAAUUAUUCAGAUAAGGUCAUCAAGCUAGAGACCACAGUGGAGACAUACAAAAAGAAACUGGAUGAUCUGAAUGACUUGAAGCGACAGAUGAAGUUAUUGGAAGAUAAGAACAUGAUGUACAUGCAGAAUGUAGUCAGCCUGGAGGAGGAACUGCGUAAAGUUAAUGCAGCUCGUGCUCAGUUAGAGACAUACAAGAGACAAGUUCAGGAACUCCACAACUCAUUGUCUGGGGAAAUGAGAAGAGCAGACAAAUUGGCUUUUGAGCUAAAACAGAUUGAGGAAAAGCAUGAAGCAUUGCUGAAGGAAAAAGAACGGUUGAUUAUUGAACGUGAUACUCUUAAAGAAACCAAUGAGGAACUCAAAUGCACACAACUACAACAAGACCACUUACUGCAAUCAGGUAAAUUCACGUUGGCUUCGCAUGACCAUCUUGCAGCUGAAAUUCUUCCUGUGGAAUACCGAGAGAAGUUCAUUCGACUGCAACAUGAGAACAAGAUGUUACAACUGCAACAGGAGGGAUCAGAGAAUGAGCGGAUUUCGAUACUUCAGAAAUUGUUAGACGAAGCAAAUCGGACAAAGAACGAACUGGAGACAGAAAAUAGACUUAAAAAUCAGCGUGUGCAGGAACUGCAACAUCAAGUGGAAGAUCUCCAGCGAUACUUGCAGGAGCAAGGCACUAAGCCCGAAGAUUGUAGUGAACUAAAGAAAUUGGAUGCACAUCUAGAGAAGUUUCAUGAAGCUCAAGAUGAGCUACAGAAAAAGAAUGAGCUUAUUGAAGAAUUACAGCAUGAAAUACAGCAGAGAUCUCAAAGUAUUGAGGAAUUGCAACGUGGGUUAACUAAAAAAGAUGAAGAUAUGCGGGCAAUGGAGGAAAGGUACAAAAUGUACCUCGAGAAAGCUCGUAAUGUGAUUAAAGCUCUGGACCCAAAACAGAACCCCGUGACUACAGAAAUCCAGGCACUCAAAACUCAAAUCAUUGAGAGGGACAGAAAAAUACAGAUGCUGCAGCAUGAUUGUGAGCAAGCAAAACUUCGUGAGCAUGAGGAGAACCUGUUAGUAACAGCUUGGUACAAUAAGAGUUUGGCUUUUCAGAAGAUGGCAAUUGAAGCUCGACUUGAAGGCCUCAGUUCAAAUAAAAAUCGGUCCUUCUUAGCACAACAACGACAGGUUACCAGUUCACAGAAAGCACUUACAGUUGCCGUGGCUGCAGCACCUCCCAAAUAGAACGACUUGGAAUCUAUCGAAUAUGUACGGAAUGUGUCUACAUUAAAAUAGCUCAAGAGUAGAAAGCAAAAUUAUGAUAUACAUCAGUGUUUAAUAAUUCUGCUCCUUCUAAGAAUAGGUUUCCUUUCUAAUGGAAAUGAUUACCUUUAACUUGUAAAGAAUUGCUUUUCUUUUUGAAUAUAGUAGCACAAAACGGUAAAGGCUAAAGAUGGGGGAGAAAAAGCAUUUUCUUAAGAUUUCUUUGCAUUAAGAUUUAAAUUUGUAUGUAAAAUUGGUAUAUAUCAUAUUUUAAAAUAGGUGACAAUGUAAUCAUAAGUUCAAAAUUCAUUUGUUCUGUAUAACAAAUUUUCACAUGUAAAUAAAAGAUUUCAUUUUUUAUUGAGAUAAUUGCCCUUAUUGAGAUCAUAUGAAGCUUAAUUAUAAAUUCUAAAUCUUGUUUCUAUAGUAACAUUUAAAAUGCCUGAGGUUUUAUUAGUUUCAUAUUUUCAUUUUUACUACAGAAAAUAAUAAUUUAAACUUGACUGAUUAUUAUUAUUGAGUCUUUACUGAAGUUGAUUAUUACAUUAAUCUGAGUAGACUGCGAUUAAGGGAUUGCUCAAUAUUUGUGUUUGUAUUAUAUCAAUAUAACUGAAUAGUUUUUGUAAUUUUUGAUAUAUAAUGGGUGUUAAAAUUGAUGAACAGAUUGCAUAGAUCUCAAACAAAUAAGGAAUAUGUUAUUUAAACUUACUUAUCUGUGAAAUUCGUUCAUAUUGGAUGCUUACAAGAAGCAACAAAAAAUUUGGAUUGAAAAAUUGGAUUCAUUUUUUUUCUGAAUUGGACUUGGAGUACUUAAUUAUUUAUUCUUUUAUCUCUGGUAUUUUAAGAGAUUUUAAGAGAAAACAAUGGACAAUGUGGAUACUUUCUAUAUUUGCAUUUUAAAUUACUCUUGUUUCAAACUUAAUUGUGUCUGUAGUCAAAAUAAUGUGGUUGUUUUGUUAUUCAAUUGCCAUUAGAAGGUCAUUUUGAAAUAUUUAAUUUAUACUGGGGCAA